GUCUGUGUUUGUCGUGUUUGUUUGAAGUCGAUUGUGGUUGAAUUGCUGGUUCAUUGGGAAUCAGCUAAUUGGUUCUCUCAUAUGCGGAUGGAACUGAUUUGCAAUCCUUUCUGUUUCCGCAAUCUACUCGCUGGUGGAUAUCCUCUGGAUUGGGGUGAAAAGUGUUUGGUUGACCCAUUCGGCUCAGACGAAUUACCCUUGGGUGAUGCCCUACCGGCAUCAUGGGCCGCAGCCUUUAUUCUCCAUCAUCUCCAGUGUGUGUCAUCAAAUGCACAUGCAUUUACCGUGGAUCGGUUUAUUGAACCGAAAACAGAGCCGGGUAACGAUGAUGCACCAGGAGUCGAUCUGACCCAGUUUAGUCCGGUUGAAUUGGGCAGUUGUUUGUAUCCUGUUCUAUCUCUGAUGAACCAUUCUUGUGAUCCAAACGUGGCUCUUAUAUUCAUGCGUGACGGGGUUUGUGGCGUGUUCGCUUUGCGUCCCAUACCGAAAGGUGACGUACUUUACGGAAACUACGGUGUACAUUAUGCCACACACGAUCUCGCAGAACGCCAAGAUUUGUUGCAAAGUCAGUAUCACUUCCGGUGCACUUGUCCUGCCUGUGUCGAAAAUUGGUCUCGAAUAAAUUGUGAUAGUAUGCGACUGAUCUGCCAGCAUUGCAAGCUACCGUUCACUAUGGGCAAACCUCUUAAAUCCGGCCAGUGCUCGAAACACUGUAACUGUUCCACAUCCGUACGUUCACGUACAUUGUUGCGCUUCGACAAACUGGUACAAAAAGAUUUGCAAGAAAAAACCAAUUCCAUUCCAGCUGAGUUUCUGACUCUGCGUUCGCAUCAGAUCAAACCAACACUUGUCAAACGGCAUCUCACCUGUUUGACUGAAAUGCUGGACAAUUCGCAUUUGGGUGGUCUUCUAUUGCGUCCCGCGUUGCCUUUUGAUUGGGUACAGGAACUGAUCAAGACACUAUUGGGAUUGUGCUACGGAUAUGGCUAUGCGGAAAAUGCAGAAAUCCAUUUAUCAUGA